UAGGUGUUGAGUCACAAGUUGAGCCCAUCUUGCAGCGUCACUGUCGAGGUCCCUACCGACGAACAUUCCCGAUCAUCAACCGGAGGGAAGCUGACCAGUGACUCAACAGGAACCACACCGUAAGGACAGGCUGCGUCGGGCGGUAGUAAAGUACACAUAUACCCAGUUAUAAACACCGCUUAUACGGCAGGAGAUUCCUACACCGUUCCUAGCAGGCAGUGACAACACAGCGGCAUUGCUCAUCGACUAUUUGCAAAAUGCCAGUCCUUGGGUGUCGGAAGAGAAGGACGGAGGACAUCAGCCCCGUCAACUUCUCCAUCAACGGACAACAACAUACAGUGACCGGCGAAUAUGACGUGACGACAUCCCUCAACGACUACAUCCGUGACGGCGCGGGUCUGCCGGGGACCAAGGUGAUGUGUAAGGAGGGAGGGUGUGGCUGCUGCGCCGUCACCGUCACCAAGCCGGACCACAGCACCGGGAAGGACACCUCGUUUUCUAUCAACUCCUGUCUAUGUCCCCUCUACUGUGUGGACGGCUGGAAAAUCACCACGACGGAGGGUCUGGGGAACUCCAAAGAUGGAUUCCACCCAAUACAGAAGAGAAUCGCUGAGUUCAACGGCACUCAGUGUGGCUACUGUACACCAGGAAUGGUCAUGAAUAUGUAUGGAAUCCUACAAAAGAACGCUACUCCUACUGAGGAGGAAAUUGAGAACCAGUUUGGGGGCAACAUCUGCCGAUGUACCGGGUACAGACCCAUCCUGGACGCCAUGAAAUCCUUCGCUAAGGACUCCACCAUUCCUGGAGGGUCAUGCAUUGAUAUUGAGGAUCUGAAGAUCUGUCCCCGAACUGGCAAGACCUGUGAAGGACACGGCGACUCGUCCAACGGAUCCUCUGCUAAUGGAAGUUCUGCCAAUGGCUCCAGUGCUAAUGGGUCCUCAAAUAGUGUCGGUUUCCUGGUCAAGACGGGUGGAAAGAGUUGGUACCGACCCCAGACACUCAAGAACCUGGUUCGAAUUUUUCAAACCAACAAAGGGGCAAAGGUUCGACUUGUGCAUGGAAACACGGCAUCUGGCAUCUACAAGAAUGAAGGGCCUUUCGACGUGUUUGUGGACUUACAUGACGUAAAGGAGCUCUACAAGAUUGAGUCCUCUGCCAAAAGCGUCCGUUUCGGAGCUGGCCUGUCCAUCUCCGACCUCAUCGAUGCCCUGCAGAAGAGGGCCGACGACAAGGGCUACAGCUACUUCAGCGGCAUCGCCAACCACCUCCUCAUGAUCGGCAACGUCCUCGUCAGAAAUGCUGGGUCUUGGGCUGGUAAUCUGAUGAUCAAGAACGCCCACCCUGACUUCCCCUCCGAUGUCUUCACCCCACUGGAGGCCGCAGGGGCCAAGAUAUUCAUCCUGGACAGUAAGGAUGGGAGUGUCAAGUCUCACACACUGACCAGCCUCGCCCUCAACCUGGACAUGACGGGGAAGAUCAUCACCUCUGUGGAGUUGUUCAAGCAGGUUGACAAAUACAGGUUCCGGUCUUACAAAAUCAUGCCACGAUCACAGAAUGCCCAUGCCUACGUGAACGCUGCGUUCCGGGUCACUAUCGAGCCAGCGAAAUUCCAAGUGCUCGGAAAACCUUCCCUUGUGUAUGGCGGAAUUGAUAAAAAGACGAUCCAUGCCACAAAGACAGAGGACUUCCUCACAGGGAAGAGUCUGACGGAUCCUGCGGUGAUUCGCGGUGCACUGGAAUCUCUUAAAUCAGAGUUGAACCCCGACUAUGAGGAAUUGCUAGCAAGCGUUGAGUUCCGGAGAAACCUGGCCGUCAGUCUCUUCUACAAGUUCAUCCUCAACAUCUGCGAGUCCAAGACCCCCUUGACGCAGUCCGGUGGAGUCCUUCUAGAACGCCCAAUAUCCAAGGGUCACAGAGAGUUCCCAGAGCAAAAGGCGGAAUGGCCUCUCAAACAACCAAUGCCUAAAAUUACUGCCCCAUUUCAGGCUUCUGGCGAGGCAGAGUUCAUCAAUGACAUGCCUUCCUCGUCAAAGGAAUUGUGUGGAUCUUUCAUCCUGACCUCCGUUGGCUGUGGUACUAUUGACCACAUUGAUCCUUCGGAAGCAUUGCUGAUGCCAGGAGUUGUCGACUUCAACAUCAGUCAAAGAUGUCGUCAGAAUAACAUCAUGCCAAGUUUUCCCGGCAUGCAGUUUGUCCCAGAAGAGCUAUUUUGCAGUGGGGAUGUGAAAUACUCAGGACAAUCGCUUGGGUUCGUAAUUGCAGAAUCUCAGACACUCGCUGAUGCAGCAGCAGACAAGGUGAAGGUCACCUACAAAGACGUCAAACCCGCCAUUGUGACCAUCGAAGACGCCAUUAGAGAGGAGAGUUACCAUGCCAAUCCUAUGGUUGAUCAUAAAACUGGAGAUCCGGAAGAUGCACUGAGCAAGGCUUCUCGAAAACUGACAGGCGAAUGCAGACAAGGAGGUCUCUAUCAUUUCUACAUGGAGAAUAACGUGGCGCUGGCUGUUCCGGCUGAAGACCGUCUAGACGUGUACAGUUCUUCCCAGGGCACCGACAUAGUUCACGCAGUCUCUCCACACUUCAACGUGUGCACACCUCGAGUGGGCGGGGCAUUCGGGGGUAAAGCAUUUGGCUCCCUCCCUGUUGCUGCUGCAGCUGGUUUGGGGGCUUACAAACACAACAGGCCAGUGAAAUGUAAUGUUGGCCUGUCGGCGUCGAUGAGAAUGAACGGGAAAAGACCUGCUUUGUGGGCGAAGUAUGAGGUGGGGUUCGACGACAGCGGCCGUAUCGACGUCAUCUCUUUCGAAAUUUACGUUAAUUGUGGCUACACCGCAAACUUUGCCUUCAUAUAUCACGAAAUCCUAACUCAUAUUGACCAAGGCCCCUACCCAGCGGGAUUCCUCAUUGAGGCCGUGUUGGAAAAUGUGGCCCAAAGUCUUGGCAAAGUUGCAGCUGAUGUGAAAGAGGCCAACCUUUACAAAGAAGGCCAGAUUGACAUACUUGGCCACGAACUAAAGGACUGCACGAUGGGUAAGUUGUGGCAACAGCUGAGACAGGCGUCCGAGUUCGACAAACGACGGGGAGAGGUCGACACCUUCAACAAGGCAAACCUCUGGAAGAAACGAGGCAUCACCAUGACGCCAGCCAAAUACGGAUUCUUCUACAUGGGUGCCGGCGUGUCUGUAGACGUUGCCAUAUACAGCAGAGAUGGCACUGUCACCGUCUCCCAAGGGGGCGUGGAGAUGGGACAGGGACUCUACACAAAGCCCCUGAACCCUGAACCCAGUAUCUGCUCGUAUACGCGUGCUGCAGGCGGUGGCAAGCACCCUGGGUAUACCCUCAACAUGGUGCGAAUGCGACAUGUCAACUCCCACUUGGCCGCCAACAACACCGUCACAGGUGGGAGUGUUUCCAGCGAGCACGCCGUCCAGUCCGCCAUAACCUGUUGUGAGACACUGAAUGAAAGGUUGCAGCCAUUCCGGACCAAGCAUCCCGACUACGACUGGAAAAACAUCAUCGGCGUGGCCAGCCUCGCCAACGUUGAUCUCACUGCGAAGCACAAGUUUGUCCCCAAGAAACAUGACGGUCCUGGAAUGUUCCACUACUUCUCCUACUCGGCGGCAGUCACGGAAGUGGAGCUGGAUGUUCUCACCGGGCAGAGUCAGAUACGGAGAGUUGAUAUCCUGUUUGACUGCGGGGAAAGUCUGAACCCAACCAUUGACAUUGGUCAGAUAGAAGGUGCAUACCUGAUGGGUGUAGGGGGGUUCAUGUUUGAGGAAGUGAAGUACGACUCGAAGACAGGGGGCGUGCUGAACGAUGGCACCUUCUUUUACAAACCUCCUCUGGCUAAAGAUAUCCCAAUAGACUGGAGGAUCAAACUGCUGGCUGACGCUCGUAACCCGCUCGGAAUCAGAGGGUCAAAAGCGUCUGGUGAGCCCCCCAUCGUACUGUCGUCCGGGGUGUUCUAUUCUCUCAAACAGGCCAUGGAGGCAGCCCACCUCGACAAUACCGGUUCCUCUGAAUUCCAGCCAUCAGUGGCGCCGUUGACCGUGGAGAGACUGCGCCUGGGCUGCGGCUUCAACAUGGCCAAGAUGACGCUGUAGAUGAAGGAGGAGUCAACGAUCGGAAACUACCCUCAGAAUAGCACAGCUGGAUUGGGCCAACAUAUAUAAACUUGUUUAACAGAGUGGCCGAGUUGGACAUUAACUGUAUUCCGUAGCGUAAUGAACGUCUCACAGACGUAGUAGAUAGUUCCCGGGAAAAAUAUGUAUUAACACGACAUACCUUGAAAAGUGCAUAUUCAGUAACAAAUAUUAUUGAACGUACUAAAGAUAGAAACAAAACCAACAACAUGAUUGUAUAUUAAGGUGAAAGGACAAUAACACAGCACCGAGAGCACCACGAAGGUAACCAGUGUCUUCUUAUCUACACUUAGUGUUAGAGUAGUCAGGGUACAUUUAUAAGGAAACGAGAUCAUCUCAUGUCCAAUGUGUAUCGACUAAUGUGCACUUGCACAGGCUGUUUAAAUGUGUCUACUGGGAUAAAAUAGCUUCUUAUUUCUUUAUAGAUGAUGCAGCAAAGGCUAUAAACUAUUCAAUUUAUAGAUUCCAAUUACCAAAGUUAUCACAGAGUUCAUAUAUUUCAUGACAUAAUUAAGGGAUGAUUUCUGGACAUGUAUAGAGAGCAAUGUUUGAUGAUGAUAACCCUGUAUCCCAUAGUUUAAUAAUUAGUAGCUAUUAUUCAAGAAUAUUUGCUGGUAACGUUUUUGUUAUACAUUCAUUAUGUUUGUCAACAUUAUUAAAUCGAAAUAAAAUAUUUAUGCAUCAAA